AUGGCGGCGACCAGCCAUAUGCAUAAUCUGACGACCCUCAUCAAGCGGCUAGAAGCCGCGACCUCCCGUCUGGAGGAUAUGGCAAUGUCGUUAGACGACCAUGACGCUCAAAAGGCUCCUGACACAUCAGCCGCCCUGGAGCCGCAAGCUGCUAAGCAGCCUACACCAGCGGCCCCAGCGGCCCCCGCAGCUGCUCCUCUUCCGCCUCAGAUCGAAGACUUCGACACAUUGAUUAGCAAGGAUGUUGGGAACUUUGUCGAGCUUGGAAAGAAGAUCGGAGGACUUGUCGCAGAGCAGUCCGACGCUGUUCUUGAAGCCUUCAAGGCAGAGCGCACAUACCUCUACGUUGCGACUAAGGCGAAGAAGCCCGAAAUCCAGCCGCCGGAGCUCAUGAGUGAACUUCACAAGGCAUCGGAUACCAUCAACAAUAUCCGGGAGUCCAACAGGGCUUCGCCCCUAAUUGACCACCUUAGCGCCGUUGCCGAAGGUAUCGUUGCUAUAGGCUGGUUCGUUGACCCGAAGCCUGCCGAUUUCGUUGGUGAGAUGCUCGGAGGUAUCCAAUACUAUGGCAAUAAGGUGCUGAAGGAAUACAAAGAGAAGGAUCGUACGCACUAUGACUACAUGCAAGCGUACUAUCAGAUCUUCAAAUCGCUCUCCUCCUACCUCCGCAAUCAUUACCCGAAAGGGCUGAUAUGGAAUGACAAGGACGGGAUCGAUGCGCAGGAAGCUCUUAGACAGGUUAAGGGCAGUUCUGGCCCUGCUACUGGCGGUGCAGGAGCACCCCCGCCUCCUCCUCCAGUGCCGACUUUGAACAUUCCCGGGGGCGCUCCUCCACCUCCUCCACCCCCACCUCCACCCAUGAUUCCCGAACAGCAGAACUCGGGCUCCUCAUCGGAUAUGACGGCUGUGUUUGCUCAGCUGAAUCAGGGAGACGCCGUCACGCAAGGUCUCCGCAAGGUUGACAAGUCCGAGAUGACACACAAGAACCCGAACCUUCGGGCUAGCUCUACCGUCCCUGGAAGCCCUAGUUCUAGUUCCCGUUCCAAGUCGCCAGCCCCCAGCAAGAAGCCCAAGCCAGAGAGCAUGCGUAGCCGGAAACCGCCCCGCAAGGAUCUCGAAGGCAACAAGUGGUUCGUCGAGAACUUCGAUAACCCCGGGGAGAUUGUUGAAAUUCCCGCUAAACAGAACCAAUCCAUCCUCAUCUCUCGAUGCAACAAGACCAUUAUCAAGGUUUCCAGCAAGGCCAAUGCGAUAGCCAUCGAUAACUGUCAGGGCCUUUCCAUUAUCGUCGACUCUUUGGUCAGUAGCCUCGACGUCGUCAAGUGCUCCAAGUUUGCCCUUCAGAUUGACGGAGUUGCUCCUACCCUGCUCAUGGACCAGGUCGACGGCGCAACCAUUUACCUGUCGUCUCAAAGCAUGGGUACAGAGGUCUUUUCGAGCAAAUGCACCGCUGUCAACGUCAUGCUUCCACCCAAGGAAGGCACCGAUGAGGAUACAAAGGAAUGUCCCGUCCCGGAGCAGAUCAAGACCUACAUCAAGGACGGUGUGCUUGUCAGCGAAAUCGUCGAGCAUGCGGGUUAA